AUGAAUAGGCUUGCUCCUGAUCCGAGUUUAGAAUACUCUAGUCGCGCCCGACUUCUGAAUCAGAACACCAACGACAUCGAAGUUUUGCAAAAAAUAUGGGUAGUUACCGAUAACACCCGCAGGGUACAUUGGCAGCGGCUACUCGAGGAAGACCAAGGUCUCGAGGAAGCUGCUGUUCUAGAGGAAGAACGGAAGAAGAACCCACUCAAAUACAUUCCCAUUCCAAACCGUCCUCGCCCCUCGCACGGUACAGACAGCGUCCUCAUUUUCGAUUCUGCCUUAAGAAAGCAAGUGUUCGUGCUGCAGCUAUGGUCAUUCCUGACCAUAGUCUCACCGCUUUCGACUUCGCUCAAGCUGUUCCUUGCGCAGUCGCGUCGUCCAAACAGUGCAGUUGGGCAGCCCAGCGUGUCGAGAUGCUUGCAGUAUGCGUUGCUCGCCUGCCGGGAUGAGCAAUGGCGGGGAUGGCACCAAGCCAUUCCUCUCCCCGACGGGGCAUGGGACAUCUCUAUUCUAGAUGACGCAGAGAUUGCGAAGACUCUGGAUCAAAUCUAUCGGAAAGACCUGCGUCGUCGUGAUGACGAAUGGGACCAGGGUUGUCCUCAUCCGGAGGUCGUCGACGCUCGGCCUCUCCUCUCAUAUGCAGUAACCCAGUCUCCUACCGUAACUAGCCGUCCGGCUCCUAAUGUUUUGGGGAUCAUGUUCAUGCACGCCCUUUCUUUCUUAGAUCGCAAAGUCGUAUUUAAGUCUGGAAAGCCAACGGGUUUUGCACAAAUUCGCAUUACUCUCACUCGGUGUCAAUUAAUUUAUGUAUCUUGCGAAGGCAGUCCUUUGCAAAAUCCAUCCACUCAUCCACAAGGAGGACCUGGUAGGACAUAUGUUGUUGGCGCCGAUAGUUGCGCGUGGGCAGAUGAUGUGGUUAAGGAAGAAGAACUGGUGAUUGGAUAA